UUUAUAUUUUCGGUCUGUUUUCAGACCGACGUUGGCAUUUCCAGUCGAAGCUAAGCUAACGGCUAAUGUCCGUUUGUCGACGGCACGGUCGAAAAUUCGUUUUCGAUUUUUUUUUAUUUCAACGUCUCCAGAAUAUAUUUGGUAUUGUUAUUAUUCGAGUGGCACGGCUUCUAAAAGAAUAAUUUCGUUCAUUUUAAACCGUGCUAAGGAAGUGGUUGCGAUUUAACUGCGCACUUAAGGCUGAUUUAUGGUUCCGCGUCACACCAACGCAGACUCUACGGUACGCGUCAACGCGUACCCUACGCCGUCGUUUUUACGCAGAACCAUAAUUCAGGCUUUAGAAGUGAACUGAAAUAUCUUUUUUUCCCCAUUUCUUUCUAAUUUCUCAUUCAUUUUAUGAAUUUAAUUUAAAAUAGUUCGGUUUAUGAUGUAUAUAUGUUUUGGUCCGUGUUAAAUCCGUGAUGAUUAUUUGUUUUAACAUGCCCCUUUUAUUCACAGUCGAGCUCACACCAGACACCCACAAAAGUCCCCCCCAAAUGUUUAAAACGUACGCAAAGCAUCCCAGAAGAACACAACGUUCCCUUUUUUUCACAGUUCCCAGAUAAGAGAGAGGGAAAGACAGAAAAACAACAUUACUGUAACCUAGUUGCCCCCUAUUAACCAAGCCCCUCAAACCCACUAGUUCCCCCUAAAAGGUUUUGGGAAAACUUUUCCUCUAUGGUGGUUUUGAGUGCAAAAUGUGAAGAAAACCGGUCACAGCCGGAGGAUGGAGAGCUGGAGGAGGGCGAGUUGGAGGAUGAUGGAGGCGAAACGGAGGUCCAGGAAGUGGGUGCAGCUGCCUCCGCAGCCGCCGCACCAGGCGGGGACGGGUGUGAGGACGGUGGCGGCGGCGGCGGGGGCGGCGGCGGGGGCGACGCGGCAGGGGACGGUGCGGCGGAGAGGCCUCGCCAAAGCCGGGAGCGACACGCCAGCAGCAACUCGGACGAAGAGCGUGCUCAUCGUCGCAAGAGGAAGCGGAAGAAAGAGAGGGAGCGGGAGAGGGAGAAGAGGAGGGCCAAGAAGAAGCGCAAAUCAAAACAUAAACGUCAUGCCUCGUCUGACGACGACCACUCGGACUUCAGCGACGACUCCGACUACAGUCCCAGUGAGAAGAGGAAGUACCGAGAGUACAGUCCUCAGUACCCUCCCCCUUCUCAUGGAGGCUACGGCGGCUCCAAGAAGGGAGGUUACAUGAAGAUGGACAAGCAAGGCUACGGCGGCUACGACGACUAUGAGGAGGACAACUAUGAGGGUGAGGAAGAGGAAGACAUGGGAGAUGAAGAUUAUGAUGAUUUUACAAAGGAGCUUAAUCAGUACCGGAAAGCCAAGGAGGGCGGAGGCGGCCGUGGUGGUCGAGGGGGCAGAGGUCGCAUGAAGAGCCUGAGAGGCCGUGGAGGGAUGAGAGGAGGGAGGAGGGGAAGAGGAGGAGGAAGAGGGCGAGGCGGCCGAAUGGGAGGAGGAAAAAUGGGUGGAGACGAUGAUGGAGACGGCUACGGGGAUGAAGAGUACGGAGAGGACGACUACGACAACAUGGGCGGCGGCGGCGACGACUACGACGACGACUACACGAAAGAGCUCUGCCAGUACAAGAAGUCCAAAGACCGAGGCAGAGGAGCUAAAGGAGGCCGCGGGCGCGGUCGAGGGAAAGGGGGGCGGGGCAUGCUGCGAGGGGGGAAAGGUCGGAACAGGGGGAGAGGACGAGGAGACAUGGGGCACGACGACGACAACGGAGAGAUGGACAACGGGGAUGGUGGUGACGGGCCCGGACCAGGGAGGCGGAACCACAACGACAAGCACCAGGACAAGAAAGGAAAGGCCAUCUGCAAGUACUACAUCGAGGGGCGGUGCACCUGGGGGGACCACUGCAACUUCAGCCACGACGUCGAGCUGCCCAAGAAGAAGGAGCUCUGCAAGUUCUACAUCACUGGAUUCUGCGCCCGAGCAGACCACUGCCCGUACAUGCACGGUGAAUUCCCGUGUAAGCUGUUCCAUACCACAGGAAACUGUGUCAACGGAGAUGAAUGUAUGUUUUCACACGAGGACCUCAAUGACGACACUCAGGAGCUGCUCAACAAGAUGCUGGCAGAAGACGCUGAAGCCGGAGCUGAGGAUGAGAAGGAGGUGGAGGAGCUGAAGAAACAGGGGAUCAACCCUCUCCCCAAACCCCCCCCAGGGGUGGGGCUCCUCCCCACUCCACCUCGACCUCUUCCCAUGGACACCAGCUCGGGGCCCGGGGACUUCGGCGGGCCCCCGCCGGGCGACUUCGGGGGUCCUCCUGGACCUAAUCAGGUUCCCAUCGGGAGCAAAGGCCCCCCGCUCCCCCCGCCGCCCCCCGGACCCAACCCCAACGCCUGUCCACCGGUCCACUGUCCCGACGGAGGGCCCUUCCAGGGGGGGCCACCCCCGAACCCCAGCGGCCCUCCUCCGCAUAUGGGACCCCCUCCUCCGGGCGGCGGAGGGGGGGGCUGCGCCGGGAAGAAGAUUCCCUCGUUGUUUGAGAUCAAAGUCCAGCCGACGGGACAACUGGCUCAGAAACUGGCCGUUAGCCAGGCCCCCAGUGGCAACCAGGCGCAACCGACCGCUCCCGGCCCCCAGGGGCCCCCGGGUGCCCCCCCCAACCGCUUCCCACCCCCUCCGGGCAUGAUGUCCCCCGACAUGCACAACAUGGGCCCCAACCAGGGCCCCCCCAACAUGGGGCCCGGCGGUCCGCCCAUGAUGGGAGGGUUUCCACCAGGGGACGGCCCUCCGAUGCCCCCCGGGCCCCCCCAGGGCGGAGGAAACUUCUUCAACAACUUCUACAAUCAGCAGGAGGGGAUGAAGAUGGAGGGAGUGGUAGAAGAAGGCGACAACUACCAGGGUUUCCCCGGCAUGGACGACGGAGGCGGAGCGGGGAACUUCCAGUCCGGCGGCCAGGACGGCUCCGCUAGCGGCUCCUCCGGCGCUCAGGGAGGCAUCUCGGUGCCGGACUUCCUGCCUCCGGCCCAGCGGGUCCUGUUCAUGAGGAUCCAGCAGAAGCAGCAGGAGGAGGAGGAACGGGCUCGCAGGAUGGCUGAGGGAGGAGCAGAGAAGAGUAAAGACGUAGAAGGUAAAGGCGACUCGGGGAACUGGUACUCCAGCGAGGACGAGGACGGCGGUGGGAGCGUGACGUCCAUCCUGAAGACGCUGCGUCAGCAGACUCAGGUUCCCCAGAAGUCUGACAGCGUCCCCAGCGACCCGCGGCUCCAGAAGGCCUCGGCCGGCCCCCCGCCCCGCCCGGCCGACCCCCGCCUGGCCCGGGACCCCCGGCUCGCACGUGGAGCCGACGCGGCUCCGAUGUCCAACCCGACUCACCCCACGCCGGGCGUCUCGUCCUCCGGGCCUCCCGCCGACCCGCGUCUCGCCCGGCUGGCGGCGGCGUCCGCGGCCGGCUCCUCCCACUCUCCCACCCACAAGCCGGACCCCCCCCUGGUGUACAAGCCCCCCCCGCUCACCACCCCGGCGGCGGAGGAGGAGGAGACGGAGCGGGUCCUGCGGGACAAGCCGGUCCCGAUCCCGCUGGACCCGCUGAUGGGGAUGGCGCUGCGGGACCCGCGGUCGCAGCUGCAGCAGUUCAGCCACAUCAAGAAGGACACGACGCUGCACAUGCCGGCCUUCGCCAAGACCGUCACCUGGUCCCCCGAAGACCUGCUGCCCCUCCCCCUCCCCAAGCAGGACCUGCUGCCGCUGCCGCCCGGCAUCCCCCCCGUGUCCUCCCGGGCCCAGCUGCACACCGCCCCCCCCGCGCAGCCGCCCCCCGCCGCGGAGCCGCCCGCCUCAAACUCUUCCCUGCCCGACUUCGAGCUGCUGUCUCGCAUCUUGAAGACGGUUAACUCCGGCCCGUCGCAGACUCCGUCUCCCCCUCUCCCGACCGGCCCGCCCGCCUCCCUGCUGGGCCAGAGCCCCCCCGUGUCCUCCCCCCCUGUAGAAAAGCCCAUCGACCCCCGUGUGACCCGUAAAACCCCGGCCGACCCACGUCUCCAGCCGCAGAAGUCGGCGCUGAAACAGCCGUCGGAGCCGGCGGCCUCGGCGUCUCUUCCCUCGUCGUCUCCGGCGACGACGGCGAGCUCCUCCCCGCCUGCCAUCGCGCCCUACGACCCGCGGCUGCUUUCCUCGGGCGGCGCCGGGCGCGGCGUCGGCGCCGGGACACCGGGGGGAGCCAGCGUGCUGAGCAGCAUCAGUCUGUACGACCCGAGGACUAACAAACCAGGUAGUCCUGGUACCGGCGCCGGUUCCAACAACUCCCCCAACUCGUCCAGCGCCGAGUCCAAACCCAGCGAACCCGCGGCGAGUAAGUCCAAGUCCAAGGAGCCCUUGUUCGUCCGGAAGUCGGCGCUGGACCAACCGGAACCAGAGAAGAGCGGCGAGCAGGGAACGGACAGGUAUAACAGCUACAACCGGCCCCGACCCAAACCCGCCCCCUCGCCCACGGCGCCGGGUGGCGCCGCCGCAGCCGGGACCGCCGCUGCGGCCGGAGGACUGACCGCCCCCGGCGCCGGUCCUGAGCAGGGGCCCGCGGGGGUCCACAACCUGCCGGUGUCGUCCCUGUACGGCGUGAAGCAGGCGGCCAAAGCCGGCGGGACGGGGAGCCCCUUCGGGGGCAGCAGCCCGGCCCAGCCGGACCCGGCCGCCACCGAGCAGGACAACGCUUCGCUCAAGGACGUUUUCAAAGGCUUCGACCCGACGGCCUCGCCGUUCUGCCAGUGACCCCCGACCCGCGGGAGUUGGGAGGUUUUAAUUAUUCAGUUUUUCUUUUUUCUGGAAAUACACGAGAUCUGUGAAAAAAGAGAAGAGUGCACUGCAGCGACGCCUUUACGGCCCAUAAACACAAACUCUCUGUGAGGUCACACACACACACACACACACACACACACACACACACACACACACACACACACACACACACACACACACACACACACACACACACGGCCGCAGUGAUGUGGGUCAGAUUGACUGAGGGUCGCGGGGGGGGGUGUCCAGGUUGAAUCUCUAUUUUAAAUAAAGUUAUUGAUGUGUACAAAGAUGUAUUCGCUCCUCUCAGACAGCAACAGAACACGUUUAUGUAAAAUGAAUAUUUUAGCUUCUUUUUAUUUUUGGUUCUUUUUAGUUCUUUAGUUCAUGUUUUUGUAAAUCUACUUAUCUUUAAACAGAUGCACUCAUGUAUAUAUUUGGGCGUUCAGUAUCGGCAGUACUUUUGCAGCGAAUAAUAAAAAUCAGCCUCCUUUAUUUUUUUCCAUCUUAACACUUUCCCACUAAAAAAAAUAUAAUUAUUAUUUGUGUUUUAUUUGUGUGAUCAAAUGAAAAUCCCGAAGGAAAUUGUUUCAGCUCCUGCCAGAAAUAAACCGCUCUAAAUAUCACUGCGUUUGCGUAUUCAGCUCUCAUGAAAGCAUAACCUCCACGUUCAAGAGAAAUAUCUAAACACAAAUCUAUAUUCUACUUUUAUUUUGUAGUAUUUAUUUUUCUACUUCUUUGCACUGUCAGUUUGUGUUAUAUGAGACUUGUAUUAAUGUUUUUAAAUGUCUGUAGCUCCCCCGGCUGUUGAUAUACUGUAAGAUUUUUGGGGUUUUUGUUUUUUUUGUAUUUAUAUCCUCCAGAAGAGGUGACAUCAGUCCUGCAUCUGUAACCACUGCUCCGCUCUUCCUUUGUCAUCCCAUUACUCCAUGUCGGCCGCGUUGCUUUGUGGAGGGAAGAUCUUCAAGUGAACAUUUUUCUUUUAUUUUAAUGAAAACCACCGUUUUUACAAUCGAAGAUCCUUUGUUUUCAUCUUCAUCAGAAUUUGAGAUCUUUGUUCACUCGCUUUGCUUCGAGUAACUCGGUUUUAUUAACUUACCGGUAAACGAUUUCUGCAGUGGAUCUUAUUUUAGUUUUUAAUGUCUUUUUCUCAGCUUUUUUUGGCGCGACAAUCAUUAACUGCUUCUUGGACCUACCUGUCUUAACCUUUGUUUUCAUAUUUUGUCGUCUGAGCUUUGCAUAAAAGCGAUAUUCAAACACCAGAUAAUAAAAACAAGUGAAACAAACAC